GCUUGCAUCUUAUCAACAUGGAUAACACAGCACCCCACCGCCACCGUAUGCUCUUGAUAACAUACUCUGCUCAAGGACACAUCAACCCCGCCCUCGAAUUCGCCAAACGCCUCACGCGCCGCCGCAUUGAUGUCACCUUCGUCACCUCUCUCUCCGCCUAUCGCCGCAUCGGCAAAACCCCGAUGCUGCCUCACGUGUCAUUCGCCUCCUUCUCCGAUGGCUAUGACGACGGUUUCAAACAAGGGGACGACAUCAAUCAUUUCAUGUCGGAGCUGGAGCGACGUGGGUCUCAAGCUAUUAAGGAUAUGAUUGUGGCGGGUGCGGAACAAGGCCAACCCUUCACUUGCAUUGUUUAUUCUAUACUCCUCCCGUGGGUGGCUACAGUGGCGCGUUCCCUCCACCUUCCGGCGGUCCUUCUUUGGAUUCAACCAGCUAUUGUUUUUGCUUUGUACUACUAUUACAACUAUGGUUAUCAUGACAUAAUUCAAAGCGUAUACGAUGAUCCUUUGGCAACUAUUCAACUACCUGGCCUUCCAUUGUUAACGGCUCGUGAUCUUCCUUCGUUCUUUGGUUCUUCAGAUGCUUAUGAAUUUGCUCUCCCAAUAUUUCGGAGGCAAUUUGAAUUACUCGAGCAAGAGACCAACCCAAUGAUUGUAAUCAACACAUUCGACGAAUUGGAGCACAACGCACUUAGAGCGAUUAGCAAGUUCCAUUUGAUACCCAUCGGACCAUUGAUUCCAUCAGAAGCCUCCUCCCGAUGUGAUCUAUUUCAAUCUACUACCAGUUAUAUCGACUGGCUGAACUCAAAACCUAAAGGGUCUGUAAUUUACGUCUCAUCGGGAAGUAUAUCGACAUUAUCGAAGCACCAAAACGAGGAGAUAGCAAGAGGGUUAUUAAGCUGUGGACGACCAUUUUUGUGGGUGAUUCGAGACAUUGAAGAAGUAAAUACGUUGAGUUGUAGGGAGGAAUUGGAAGGUUUAGGAAAGAUAGUGUCAUGGUGUUCACAAAUAGAGGUUCUAUCAAGGCCAGCGACAGGAUGUUUUCUAACACAUUGUGGAUGGAAUUCGACGUUGGAGAGUUUGGUUUGCGGGGUACCUGUGGUGGUGUUUCCACAGUGGUCGGAUCAGGGGACGAAUGCGAAGAUCAUUCAAGACAUGUCGGAGACGGGAGUGAGGUUGGAGGUGGGGAUGGAUGGCGUGGUUAAGCGGGAGGAGAUAAAGAGAUGCUUGGAGUUGGUGAUGGGAGAUUCAAAGAAAGGAGAAGAGAUAAGGAGGAAUGUGGUGAAAUGGAAGGAGUUGGCUAAGGGAGCCACUGCCCACGGCGGUUCUUCAUAUUCAAACUUCAAGGCUUUUGUGGACCAAGUUUGUCCUUAAUUUCUAUAAGCUUUGAGAGUGAUAAAUUCCCAUGAGAGGGGAAGAGAAGAGGUGAAAGUUUAUGCCACGU